GUCGCGUUACGCCCAGAAGGUCUAAGCUAGACAGCAGGUGUUCAUAAAACAUCUGCGGAAACCAUAAAAGGACUGUACUCGCAUUAUCAUUUACGUGGAUUCUCAUCGGAAACUGAUGCCCAGACGCUUAAGACCCAGAGCAAAUACAGGAAAGGCAGUGACUAAUAUUCGUUUAAAAAUCCACUGGUCAAAUUGGUCGAUGGAUACGUCCACCGAUUCCUCCCCGCUGGAUACACCGGAAUCAUCCUCACAGAACACACCGUAUCUUUCGAAUAGCUCGCCCCUUAGCAGCCUCGGAGACGAAGACCAAGUCAACGUCCCGUUCCCAGAAUUAGACGUCCCAGAACUAGACCUACAACUACCUCCACUCGACUUUCAACCGUUACCGCGUUAUACGAAAAUCAAACCGCUCAAAUCUAUUUCCACAGCACCAGACUACGAUUUAAAUAGGUUUUUUUGCAAACGCACAAGCCAAAAUCGAAAUGCCUACGGAAACACUGCAGAUAUUUCACGGUGAUGAUCGUACAUCGGAAAACCCUGGAGAUUUCUUAAAGUCGUUUAAUCGUGCAAUGAGGCAACAGUCUAUCACUGUGAGCACGGACAAACUGGAUGCGUUCGGAGACUACUUGGGAACAGGUUCUCAAGCCGAGAUAUGGUUCAAAGCUCUUCCAUCGGUGGAUAGAACCACUUGGCCAGCGUUCGUCGCAGUGUUCGAAAGGCGAUGGCCACCAAUCGUAAUUGCGGAAAAAACGAAAGCAGAAUAUGAGAAGGAACUGCUGGAGUUUUUAUUGACAGAUAAGGAGGUCGGAACGAAAACUACGUUAUAUGAUCGCGAAUGUUGGACGCACGUUGCCUGGGCCACCAAGGCAUUACAGCUUGCAACGAGUGCAGGAAUCGCGUCGAGCACAUCCAUGAUUUGGCAGGUUAGAGGAAAGCUCCCAAGCAUUGUGAAGGACCUCUUGAAGGACACGGAGUAUACUAAUUGGGCGGAAUUUACGAAGGAAGUCGCAGAGCUGAAAGGAACACGGCUAAUGGAGAAAAAAGAGCAGCAUGUGAAGCAGGAACUGGAAAUCAAUCUAUUGCGCGCAGAUAUAGCUCGUCUGCAACAAUAGUAGUGGUGAAGGAUAUGCUUCAUGCGCAAUUAUAAAGUUGUGUAUUGCCAUCUAUCG